AUGAUUUUAGAUAAAUCUCAUUAAAAGAAUUUUUAAAAAUUUCUUUGCUCUAAUGAAUACAACAUAACUUAACUCGAUCUCGAUUUUUAAAAUAAUUAAAUAGGGAAUGAACAAGCAUUUUAAUUAGGUUAAAAUCUAGCAAAAUACAGCUAAAUUUCUAAAUUGGUUCUAAAUUUAAUAUCAAACUACAUUGAACCAAAAGGAGCAUUAAAAUUAGGUGAAGGUAUAGCUCGUUUAAAAAAUUUAUAGUGCUUUGAAAUUUAUCUAUAUGAAAACAAUAUAGGCUCUGAAGGUAUAUCAGGUUUUCUUUAAGGAUUAUAAAGUUGUAUUAAUCUUUAAAAUAUGAAGCUCUACCUAUAAUAUAAUAAAAUAUAGGCCUAAGGUGCUUCUAGUAUUGGCUCUUGUAUACUAAAUUUUAAAAAUCUCAAAACUCUUGAACUUGAUCUUUUGGAGAAUAACUUAGGUUUUAAAGGAAUUUCUGAAUUGAGUUAAUGCAUAGCAAAUUGUAAUUGUCUUUCAAAUUUGGUGUUGAAUCUUGAAUCGAAUGAUAUACGUUCAAAAGGUGCAUCUAUCUUAGGACUUAAUUUAAAAUAAUGUUUGAAUCUAUAAAAUUUGGAACUUGUGCUUUACUUUAACUAUAUUGGUAGAGAAGGCAUACAAAAUUUAGUUUCUCAUAUUUCCUAAUGCAAAAAAAUAUAAUCUAUGAGAUUGAUAGCAUCCUAAAAUCCUUUUAAAUAAGAUAAAAGUUUCAAGAUCAAAUAAAAAUUUCUAAAAAUGUGUAAUUUAGUGGAUUUUUAUUUUGAAAUCGAUUAAAAAGAAGAUGGAGAUGAUGACUAAGAAGAUUAAAAUGAAUAACAAUUAAGUGAAGAAGCAGAAAAUGAAUUAGAAGAAUAAAAUAUUGAUAAUGACCUUAUAGAAUAAGAAGAAGGAGAUAUUGAUCUUGGAGAUUCAAGCUAAGAUUACAAUGAAUAUUAAUGA